CGAGCAUGCGCAAUGUUGCAGAGAGGACCCUCUUCGUUUGGGGUUUGGCGUCGGGCAUCGGGUCAGGUCUUCCCGAGCCCUGGUAAUCCCCGGGCCUUCCCACGCAGCUGAUUUCCGGUUGGCCUGCGGGAGGACGCAAGCCUGCCGAGCCCCGCUGCUCCUAAGAUGGCGGAUGAAGGCGACGGCGCGGGAAGGAUGGCUGGAACGGGCGGCGCUGCCCCCGUGAACCCCUCGGAGCUGGCUGGGUGGUGGGAUGAGAAGCUUGAUUUUCAUGCUGCCUUUCUUCAACAUUUGGCAAAAGUGGUUCCAAGCAUAUAUUGUGAUGAAAUGGACCCUCUAUCACAGAAAGAGGAAGAAAUGGCCCAAAAAAUUAUUCUUUAUCCUUUGGAGUGGCAUUUAUUUGGAGAAGAUCCAAAUACCUGUCUAGAAAAACUAAGACAGAUUGGUACCUCGCAGCUGUGUGGAAAAGUAUUUAAAGGUGGAGAGACAACGUAUUCCUGCAGGGAUUGUGCAAUUGAUCCAACUUGUGUACUUUGCAUGGAUUGCUUCCAGAACAGUAUUCAUGUAAAUCAUCGUUACAAGAUGCAUACUUCUACUGGAGGAGGAUUUUGCGACUGUGGGGAUACAGAAGCAUGGAAGACUGGACCAGUGUGUACAAAACAUGAGCCUGAAGGAGGAGAUAAUACUGAAGAGAAUGUGGAAUGCCAGUUGAAUGAAGAGGUAAUCGCACAAGCAAGGAAAAUCUUCCCUUCAGUUAUAAAAUACUUUGUUGAUAUGACUGUUUGGGAAGAGGAGAAAGAGCUGUUUUCAGAGCUUAUGAUUAAUAGAGAGAAGCCAGACAAACACUAUUGUGUCCUUUUCAAUGAUGAGCAUCAUUCUUACGAUCAUGUUAUCUACAGUCUACAAAGAACUCUUGGGUGUGACCUUGGAGAAGCCCAGAUAUAUACUACUGCAAUAGAUAAAGAGGGUCGAAAGGCUGUUAAGAAGGGGUCAUAUGUUGUUUGUCAAGAAACAAAAGAGGAGAUUAAGAAACAUUCAAAUAAUGUUUCCCAAGGUCCCCUUAAUGUGAUGGUUCUUCAUGCAGAUGUAAUGGCUCAUCAGAAAUUUGCUUUGCGUCUUGGUUCUUGGUUAAACAAACUUAUGAGCUAUUCAAGUGAUUUUCGUCAGAUAUUCUGUAAAAUAUGUUUAAAAGAAGAAGCUGAUUCAGGGAAACCUUGUCUGAUAAGCAUAUUGAUGCUGUGGGAUGCAAAACUUUAUAAAGGAGCAAGAAAGAUUUUACAUGAACUAAUCUUCAGUACUUUUUUUAUGGAAAUGGAGUAUAAAAAACAUUUUGCUAUGGAAUUUGUUAAGCAUUACAAAGCUUUGCAGAGAGAAUAUAUCAGUGAUGAUCAUGAAAGGCAGUUUUCUGUGACAGCACUUUCAGUUCAGAUAUUCACUGUACCAACAUUGGCCCGCCAUCUCAUUGAAAAGCAAAAUGUCAUCACAGUCAUAACAGAGACCCUUCUAGAAGAACUACCAAAAUAUUUGGAUAAAAAUGGCAAAUUCAAUUUCCAGGGUUACAGCCAAGAGAAAUUGAGCCGAGUAUAUGCAGUUAUAUAUGAUCUUAAGUAUAUCUUAAUCAGUAAGCCUACUGUGUGGACAAAUAAAUUGCGACAACAAUUUUUGGAAGGGUUCAAAUCUUUUCUGAAAAUUCUGACUUGUAUGCAGGGAAUGGAGGAAAUAAAGCGACAAGUUGGGCAGCAUAUUGAGGUGGAUCCUGACUGGGAAGCAGCCAUUACAAUCCAGAUGCAGUUGAAGAACAUUCUCUUGAUGUUUCAGGAGUGGUGUGCCUGUGAUGAAGAGCUCUUGAUUACAGCUUAUAAGGAGUGCCAUGCAGCAGUAAUGAAAUGUAACAACUCUGGCAGUAAUUAUUCACGGGACAAAGCUGUGAUCAAUUUAUGUGGCCAGACUUUGGAAUGCAAACGGUUCAAGGUAUCGAUGGAUCCUGUGAGCAUUCAUCUCCCAUUGUCUAGGAUGCUAGCUGGUCUGCAUAUACAGCUGAGCAAAACUGGAAUAAUUUCAAGACUCGAAGAGUUUUUUUCAUCGAAAGAAUUCCAAGUGCAGCUGUUGGUAGAAUAUCCUUUGCGCUGCCUAGCAUUGGUUGCUCAGGUUGCUGCAGAAAUGUGGAAGAGGAAUGGACUGUCUCUAAUCAGCCAGAUGUUUUAUUAUCAGGAUGUUAAAUGUAGAGAAGAAAUGUAUGAUAAGGACAUAAUUCUCUUGCAGAUUGGGGCAGCAUUUAUGGAUCCAAAUAGUUUUCUUUUGCUUGUCCUCAAACGGUAUGAACUGCUUAAUGCCUUCAAGAAGACAGUGCCAACUAAACACCAGGAUUUCAAUAAAAAAUGUAACACAUUGAUAGAAGAAAUGCUUCAAGUACUCAUCUAUGUUGUAGGAGAAAGAUAUGUCCCAGGAGUAAGUAAUGUGACAAAAGAUUAUGUGACAAUGCGAGAAAUUAUCCAUCUGCUGUGUAUUGAGCCAAUGGCACAUAGUGCUAUUGCAAAAUCUUUGCCUAAAGAUGAAAACAAUGAGACUGGUUUGGAGAAGGUGAUUCACAAAGUGGCCUUGUUCAAAAAACCUGGUGUGUCAAGCCAUGGAGUUUAUGAAUUGAAGGAAGAAUGCCUCAAGGAGUACAAUGUAUUUUUUUACCAUUAUACCAAGACUCAGCACAAUAAGGCUGAACAUAUGGAAAAGAAAAGAAGAGUACAAGAAAAUAAAGAUGAAGCACUCCCACCACCUACACCUCCAGAAUUCAGUCCUGCUUUCAGAAAUGUGGUGAAUGUUCUCAACUGUGAUAUCAUGAUGCUUAUUCUUAGAACUAUCCUGCAAAGAGCACUAGAGCUGGAAAAUCACAUGUGGACAGAAGCUAUGAUACAGAUGGUCCUUCACCUCCUUUCUUUGGGUUUACUUGAAGAGAAGCGUCAGUUAGAGGAGAUUCCAGAGGAAGAAGUGACCUUUGACUUCUAUCAUAAAGCUUCCAGAAUGGGAAGCUCUGCUUUGAAUGCAAUGAACAUCCUUAUGAUUUUGGAAAAGCUGAAAGGAAUUGAACAACUGGAAUCACAAAAAGACAUGAUCAUCUGGGUUCUACGGAUGUUUGAGACGAUAAAAUGCUUGAGAGAGAAGUCUUCUUUUCCCAUGGCCGUCACUACACCCAUGUCAGAAUCUACAAAAGUUAAUGAGAUGCAGAAAAUUCAGGAGAAAGAGAAGGCUGAGAGGAAGAGGAAAGCAGAAGUUGCCCGAUUACAUCGCCAAAAGAUCAUGGCUCAGAUGUCCGCUUUACAGAAAAAUUUCAUAGAAACUCACAAGCUCUUGUAUGACAACACGCAAGAAACAUCUGGAAGAGAUGCUAUGGAAGUAGAGAGGUUCAUACUCCCACAUUAUCAAGUCAGAAUUGCCUUGGGGCCCAAGCGAGGCCAGUCUGUCACUGAAAAAGAAAGGCUGACAUGUAUCCUGUGUCAGGAAGAACAGGAAGUAAUGCUAGAAAACGCUGCCAUGGUUUUAUCUGCCUGUAUCCAGAAAUCCACUGCCUUAACCCAAUGUAGAGGGAAAGAACUUGAACUUGUAGGAGAAGACACUGAUCCUCUUUUCAUGGAUCCGGACUUGUCAUGUGGAACACAUACCAGCACUUGUGGUCAUGUGAUGCAUGCUGCUUGCUGGCAGAAAUACUUUGAAGCCAUUCAGCUGAAUUCUCGACAACGUCAUCAUGUUGAACAGGUUUUUGAUUUAGGGAAUGGCGAGUACCUUUGCCCACUAUGCAAAUCCCUGUGCAAUACUGUGAUACCAAUUAUUCCUUUGCAAGAAGAGAAGAUAAACAGCGAGGAUGCAGAAAUGGUAGCUCAGCUUCUGUCUUUGUCCAAGUGGCUAGAGAUUGUUAUGGCUCGGAUAGCUGGUUACAACAAGAAAAGCAAUAAAGAAACCAAAAUUGCUCCAUCUUUACUUAAUAAAGAAAUGGAAGAUGCUUCAUCUGAAUUCCAUUCUAUACUUAGCUUUGGAGUUCAGCCUUUAAUUGAAUAUUCAAACAGCAUUAAAGAGAUGGUGGUUCUCUUUGCCACAGCAAUUUAUAGAAUUGGAUUACAAGUUGCUCCUAACGAAGUUGAUCCACGUAUUCCUAUGAUGACUUGGAGCACUUGUGCUUUUACAAUCCAGUGUUUAGAAAAUCUUCUAGAAGAUGAGGGCAAGGCUUUAUUUGGCUCUCUACAAAGUAGACAGCACAGUGGUCUUAAAGCACUGGUACAAUUUGCAGCUGUUCAGAGGACUACAGUACCCCCACAUGUGAUCCAACAACAUCUUGUACGUCUCCUAGGAGUUCUUUUGCCCAAUUUAAAAGUGGAAGACACACCAUCUCUUUUAGAUGUAGACCUCUUCCAUGUUUUGGUUGGAUCUGUGUUAUCAUUUCCAUCUUUGUAUUGGGAGGAUAAUGUAGGCUUGCAACCUUCAGCUAUCAGCUCAGCUUGCAAUCAACUCUACCUCUUCCAUUUGUUUACUAUGGCCCACAUAACCCAAAUUAUUCUUACUACAACAGCAGAUGGAGUUUGUUCCUCUGCUCAGGUACUGAAUGAUAGUGAAGAAGCGCGUGCUGCUGAAGCAUUUUGCAAAGAAAUUUGCAGAUACACAAAUCGUUGUUACAGCUUGCAAGUUCCAGGUUGGUAUUUGUGGGAUUGCAUAAAGAAAGGCAUCACCCCCUACCUCCGGUGCGCUGCUUUAUUCUUCCAUUAUCUGCUGGCAGUACCUCCACCUGAAGAACUUUCAUCCGUUUCAGAGGAAGAUCAGUUCAAGGCACUUUGUGAUUAUCUGUCUCUACCUACCAAUCUCUUCAUGCUUUUCCAAGAGUAUUGGAAUAUUGUGGAGCCUUUACUUCAAAGAUGGUGCACGGAUCCUGCUGUGCUUUGCUUCUUGGAAGGAAAAAGUAUUGCAAUAAGAUAUCCAAGGGAAAGAAAUAAAUUGAUAGAGCUUCCAGAAGACUACAGCUGCCUUUUGAACCAAGGAUCUCAAUUUAGGUGCCCUCGAUCUUCUGAUGAUGAAACCAAACAUCCUGUCCUAUGUUUGUUUUGUGGGGCUAUGUUGUGUUCUCAAAACAGCUGCUGCCAGGUGCUAGUAAAUGGAGAAGAGUUGGGAGCUUGCAAUUCACAUGCAGUUUCCUGUGGUGCUGGAGUUUGCAUUUUUCUCAAAAUCAGAGACUGCAGGGUUCUGCUGAUUGGUGGCAAAAAUAGAGGUUCUUUCUGUCCUGCCCCUUAUCUAGAUGAAUAUGGAGAAACCGAUCCAAAUCUGAUAAGAGGCAAUCCUCUGCACCUGUCUCAUGAACGAUAUCGGAAGCUCCACUUGUUGUGGCGACAACAUUGCAUCAUAGAAGAGAUUGCUCGAAGCCAGGAAACUAAUCAUGUCUUUUUGGGAUUUAAUUGGCACCUGCUCUGAGUUUCAAGCUCUUUGAGACUAAAUUGUCAACACCUCACUUGUAAAACAUCAUACAGAGAAUAUGAAGAAUCUUAGUUUAAGAAAAAACGACUAGCCCACAUCUGCUUACUGAAACUUGUGGGCUUGAAUUUGGUUAGAAAAAACAAUGCAUGCAUACAACUUCCCAGAUAUGAAUGCUGAAUGAUCAAAAGCAGAAUUGUCUGGAUCAUCAGUAAGCUGACCUUUUCCACUUAUCCAAAUUAAAAACAGUCAACAGUA